AAGUGUUGCUAGGGCGUCGUUUAUACAAACAAAGGCCCGAGGCUGAACCCCGCUCAAGCAGCUGGGGCCGUGAGAGCAAGCGGACGCAGCAAGAUGCAAGAAAUGAAAGGCGACUAAUAAAACAUGGGAAGAGCUCCGAUCAAGCUCAUGGAGACGAAGGAUCAGAGAGAAGAGGGGAAGAUCACUUGACUGCGUGCUGUGGUGCUAGGAAGUUUCUUCCAGGUCGGGAUAGCGGCAAUGUCGCAACCACCGAGUGACUCCAAGUCUCCGUUAGCCUCAACUUUUCUUCUCUCCUUCUUUCCCCUUGAUAUUUCGCGUUUCUCUUUUUCUUUGCAGUCUGUCGUUUCCCCUCAAGUUGCAAGUUUUCUUCUGCAGCUGUUUCAACUGCGAGCUCCUCCACUCCUUACCCUUUGAUGCAUGCGGAUGCUCCGAGGCUGCCUGUCCGGCAGCUGCUCAUUCUUUCAAUAUGUCGCUUUGCAGAACCUAUCUCCGUGACCUCAUACCUGCCGUACCUUCCUGAAAUGAUCGAGAGUGUCGGCGUCCACGAAUCUGAAGUUGCAAAAUGGGCCGGACUCACCUCGGCCAUCUCCUCCUUCUCCCAAGCAGCGAUGGCUGUCUACUGGGGCACGGCCUCGGACCGUUUUGGGCGCAAACCCAUCAUUUUGCUUGGAUUAACUGCUACCAUGAUCCUUUCCCUAGCCUUUGGUCUAUCUAAAUCACUGCCUAUGUUGAUGACCUGCCGUGGUAUGAUUGGCUUUAUGAAUGGAAACGUUGGUAUCAUCCGAACUAUGGUGGCUGAGAUGGUUCCCCAAAAGGAGCUCCAGCCUCAAGCCUUCAGUAUUAUGCCCAUGGUAUGGACUGUUGGUAGUAUUUUUGGUCCGUCCUUUGGAGGAUCACUCGCUCGACCGGCGGAGAAGUUCCCUCAGAUCUUCGGUCAUUGGAGGCUCUUCCAAGAGUUCCCCUUUUUGUUACCUAAUUUGGUGUCUGCGGCUUUUUUCAUCGUUGGUAUCUCUACUGGCUUUAUGUUCCUUCAUGAAACUUUAUUUGCGAAACGCGGCCAUCGCGACCCCGGAUUGGUGCUUGGUCAGGCCCUCACUCGCCCUUGUACCCAUCGGCGCCGCAAGGCCCCUCAAGACAUGGUAGACGAUGAAAGAACUCCUUUGCUUGGAGAACAUCAGCCUACUACCCAACCGCAAAAUAAAGCCGAAGUGAGGCCGCAUACCUGGAAGGAUGUUCUCAGUCCGCAGUCUGCGCUGAUUCUCUUGACAUACACCUUAAUGUCGGUACACACUAUGGCGUUCGAGUCAGUUCUACCUGUCUUCCUUCAUACUCCCCCUCAACAAUUUGAGGACAAUCCAGAUGUACAACUCCCGUUUAAAUUUGUGGGCGGGUUCGGCAUGGAUUCUCAACGCAUUGGUAUUCUGUACACUGUCACAGGGAUCAUAGGUAUUGUAAUGCAAUUCUAUGCAUUCCCAGCCGCGGCAAGACGGUUUGGUGUCUUGAACUGCGUUAAAGCUUCCGCUGCUGCCUUUCCCAUCAUUUAUCUCCUCACACCUUAUGUAUCUCUCGUCCCUGAGUCCAUGCGCAACGUCUCAAUAUGCUUCGUGAUCUUAUCCAAGCUUACGGCCAGCAUAUUCAACUUCCCGGGAAUCACAAUUCUGCUCACCAAUUCAGCCCGUAGUCUAGGUAUUCUGGGAACCCUCAAUGGGGUUGCCACGAGUACAAGCGCACUCGGGCGUGCCACCGGGCCAGCCAUGCUAGGACCUAUAUUCUCGCUUGGCGUGAGGGCCGGCUACGUUAUUAUACCCUGGUGGUUCCUCUGCUUUAUUUCUAUCCUUGCCGCCGUCCCAAUCCUGUGGAUUGUUGAACCCGAUGGUUUCCAGGGCCAGAGUUCGGAUGGGGCAGAGCCAGAAGACCAAGUGGAACAAAACACUAUCGAAGACACUCAUCCUACUAAACACCAAGACAGCGAAACGAGGAAUUAGACCACCUUCCGAAUUUUACUAUACGCGACAUGAUACUUACGCGAAUAAAGACAAAACGCAUCAUGUCUGAUGACUGACACGGCAUUGGAAACAAAAAGCAUUGAAUUAUUUACCUUGUUUAUAUAACCACUGAUUGUCUCCAUAGACUGAUCAUAUUUUACAAUUAAUAGACAAUCGCAUCAUCUAGGAAUAGAUUGAAUAAAAAUAUCCAUAUUGUAACUGUCUUUUUUAACUU